CGUGCCAGAGGAGUGGCGCUCACCCCCUCAGGGAGCGGUUAUGACUUGGCCGGCUCGGCGAGUCUCCCGCUGGUGAUCCGAGAGAAGGACACGGAACACCAACUCCACCGGAUCCUCCUCUUCCAGCGACUCCUCAAGGCGUACCCGCACCGCAAGGAUCUCAUCUGGAAGGAGGCACGCGUGGACAUCCCUCCGCUGCUGCGUGGACUCAUCUGGGCCACUAUCCUCGGCGUCGAGGGAGACAUCCAAGCCAAGUACGACUCCAUUGACAAGGACACCGCUAUCCAGACCGACAGGCAGAUUGAGGUGGACAUCCCACGCUGCCACCAGUACAACGAGCUGCUCUCCUCCCCCGAGGGUCACGCCAAGUUCAAGCGCAUCCUCAAGGCCUGGGUUCUCUCCCACCCACACCUGGUCUACUGGCAAGGUCUUGACUCGCUCUGCGCCCCAUUUCUCUACCUCAACUUUAACAAUGAAGCCUUGGCUUAUUCCUGCAUGUCUGCUUUCAUUCCCAAAUACCUGCACAACUUCUUCAUGAAGGACAACUCGAACGUCAUACAAGAGUACCUGAAGGUGUUCUCCCAAAUGAUUGCCUUCCACGACCCAGAGCUCAACAACCACCUCAACAGCAUCGGCUUCAUCCCAGAUCUCUACGCCAUACCCUGGUUCCUCACCAUGUUCACACACGUGUUCCCGCUGCACAAAAUGUUCCACCUGUGGGACACGCUGCUCCUGGGCAGUUCGGCCUUCCCGCUCUGCGUGGCUGUGGCCGUGCUGCAGCAGCUGCGCGCGCGUCUGCUGCUCAGCGGAUUCAACGAGUGCAUCCUGCUCUUCUCCGACUUGCCAGAAAUCGACAUUGAGCGCUGCGUGCGGGAGUCGGUCAGCCUGUUCUGCUGGACGCCCAAGAGCGCCACUUACCGACAGCAUGCGCAGCACAACCGGCCCGCCGCUCUGCCCACGCACAAGUUUGGGGCGGUCUUCUCCAUGGAGGCUCAGGACACGCCCCGCACUGAGCUGAUGCGGGAGCCUCUGCGCCUGAGUGAGCUCAAGGAAGAGACGUGUCCACGCAUCUCUGCCGAAGACCUCAUCGAGCUGUGCGAGCUGCGGGGUCCGUCUGCCUCGCGGAGCCCCGCGACCCAAAUGGCGCCGGUGCCCUCGGGUCCAGCUCGCAGCCCGGGCCGCAAGCUCCGCGCCAGCAAGCCCAAGCUGCUGGCCGUGGACGUGCGCACUGCCGAGGAGUUCUCCCGUGGACACGUGACAGGCAGCGUGAAUAUCCCGCAGGCAUCCGCCUUCUCCCCGGAGGGGACCCUGGUGCCGUGCUCCGCCUCAUCCACGCUGCACGCACACCGGGGCCGCGUCAUCGUCGUCAUCGGACACACCGCGAGCGCUGCGGCUGAGUUUGCAGCUAAGCUGGUGACGCUGUGCUUCCCGCGAGUGUGCGUGCUUGACGGAGGCAUUGGCAAGAUGAAGCUGGCAGGGAUGCUCACCGUGCCUUCUCCCCAGAUCUGAGCGUGCUCACAACUCGCAGCCGGUCCCCGCAUGUCCACCUGAACCCAUCCACAAAUCAUUUUCCGACCUUUGACCCACAUCUGGGGAUCCAUCUGACUUGCGGUGUCGUUUCCAAGGCUUGUGGUGAGGGUUAGGGGAUGGUUUGUGGGGGCUUUAUGACUUUAAAUUAUAUAUAAACAUGAUUAAUGGUUUAUUUUACUUUUUCUAUAAAGCAAUGGAGGAAGACUGUUGAGGCCUUCAUCCCAGCAGUACAUUGACCAUGGCUGAUGAUGAUUUCUUGUAUCUUAUUCAAGGAAAACGGAAGCCAAAAAAACGCUCUCACGUUUUAUAAAGGUAUCAAGGCAGUGUGUUCAAGGUGGUCUGACUCAGGUCUGAAUCUUCUCUGAGAAGAAAAGACUUCAAAUUAACUUUCUGGAGUGCUGUAGCACAAUCACUGCUACGUCAGUGUCUUAGGAGGUACAGACGUGAUGCUGCAGAACCGUUGCUGAAGCACUCUUGACUGGUUAGCUGCCUUGAUAUAUUUUCUGGUUGUACCGUGAUGUUUGGCAUGAAAUCGCUUAACAUGAGAUGGGACCAGAAAACGUUAUUUUUACACUGCAGUUAUAUACUCUACAGAUGUACAUUUUAUAUUGACUUCAUGGGCAGCAAUCCUUUGACCAAUAUGCCAAACAAAAUAUAAACAAUGUCGUUUAUCACGUGGGCAUCCAUUUCCAUAAAAUAAAGAAGUCAAAUGAUGAAUAUAUAAA